ACCUCCUGCUUACAGGAAGUGUUGAGUGUGUGUUGAGUUGAGCCUGUGUAGCUGUCUGUGCUUGUCGGGUUCAUUAAAUCGGUCGCAGCAUAUCUCUGGUCCAGAGAGUGGAUGCUGCCUUCACGUCCUCCUGGUCUCCAUCCUCCCAUUUCAGCCGAGCAUCAGCUCCUUUUUUGUGCAAGUUGAUAGUGUGUGCAUGUGUGUAAAUACACUCUAGACCUAUAUAUGUGAGUGUGUUGCUUUAGGGUAGUGUAUGUGAGUGUGUGUGUGUGUGUGUGUGUGUGUGUGUCUGUGUCAGUGCCCCCCAGCCCACCAUGUCCCCAUAUCCCUCAACGCUCCAGCUGUGUCCAUCAGUGUGUCUUCAUCUCCUCUGCCUGCUGCUGCUGCUCCUCACUGUGUCCUCCUCCUCAGUACCUAAAAAGGACCCAGGCAUGGCUGAGCCCUUAACCCAUUUCAACAAGACACAAGGUAACUGCACCCCUCCAUGUGAUAACAAUGCUGUCAGUGAAAAUGCAACAGAUCUAAAUCUGAAAACAGCUCCCACAGAAGGACCACAGCAGGACCAAUUCUCCCCCAACUUGUCUUCAUCCGUCAUCCACACUUCUGUCAGCCACAAAUUAAAUGAGCCUAUAGUAUCCUCAACCUCACUCAACCAAGCCGAAGGAGGAAACCAUUCAUCCACAACCCCACCAUCCAAUCAACAGCUGGCACUACCAGACAAUCAGAGUCCAUCACCAGAGGCAGUCAUUCAGCCUGCAGCUCCUCCUCCUCCUCCUACCACCACAGGCUCAGCCACACUGACUGCUCAUACUGGAUCCAGCACCAGCAAUGGUACAACUACAACUACAACUACAUCUACAACUGCAGAAUCUGUUAGGAAUGUAUACAUAACCACUGUGCUGGUGACUUCUACAGCCACAACAACACCAGCAUCUACUACAAUAACGGCAACAUCGACAACAAAAACCGCAACAUCCACAACAACAGUGACACCAACAUCUACAGCAGCAGCACCACCACCACCACCACCACCACCACACCCUGCAACAACUGUAACAGCAACAACCACGCUUACAAGAGCUACCACAACCUUUACUAUUACUACAACCACAGGUACAAAGAUGACACUGCCACCAGCUGUCACAACACAGCCAAAUGCCCCAACUACUCACAAGCCACUAUUUCAGACCUCUUUACCCAGAGGGCCUGUUACCAGCACCAGUGCUCCCGCCAAUCCCAACCAGCCGGUCACCUUGGGAACGCGAGAUGGCAUGGUAGAUGUAGCUGGAGCCGCUCUGACCAGGCAGCUGGUGGAUACAGCGUCUUUACUGGCCGUCCUGCUCUUCGGCCUGCUCUUCUUCCUGGUCACAGUGGCUGUGUUUGUCACACAGGCCUACGAGAGCUAUAGGCGGAAGGACUACACCCAGGUGGACUACUUGAUCAAUGGCAUGUACACAGACUCUGGGGUGUGAGGGAGGAAGCACAUCGCAUGGAGAUUGUUUGUGCGCUUAGAGUCAGAGGCUGUAGAACAGAAGAUGGUGUGGAGAGUAAGACAGUAGUGCAAUGAAUUCACAAGGUGAUUCAUCACCACUGUUAGACAGUUCAGAGAGAAGUAGGAAAGGACUAAACUGACCAGCAGUUCACUGAACUGACCCUACAGCAGUCACUGAUCUGUUUCUAUCAUAACUUUUCCACUUAACGCUUUGUUUCUUCCUGCUUCUCUUUCUUUUGGAUGGUUUGAAUGUGGAGAGUUUGGCUUGUCCCAGUUUUGCCGAAUUUUGAGCAACAGAAAUCAAGGUUACUUUGGUGUAACUCAGUUCUGUGUGUACGUGCAAAGCCCUCUAAUGGACUUUGCUAUCGUCCCAUGACAGCUGUGCUUGGUUCUAGGGUGGCUGGACCAAUCAGAAUGCUUCCAAGGUGAUAAAAAAUUUUUUUCAAUGUCUGACUUAAAAAAAAAAAAAAAAGGUGUCAUAAUAUUUGAAUUAUUGUACUUUUGCAGAUGAAUGUAGUCACACAGAAGUUUAAUGCUCAUUAAGGACCAGGGCUGACACUUUUUCAUUCAUUCAAGUUAAUUUAUAGCAUGAUGCAUUUUAUAAUAAAAUGCAAAAAUGUAAUAAAAUGAAAAAAAAAAGUGACAGCCCUAUAAAGGACCAAAGCAUUUUUAUGAAUAUUAUGUUGGAGAUUAGACUAGUCAUUUUCCAGUGAUGGACUGAAUGACUUAUCCCACAGCCACAAAUAGAAAAAACAUAGAAGUGGGAACCCAUUGAUAAGAAAUUUCUCAAUCAGCCUAGACUGGCUGAUUGACUGUUUGACUAACAGGCUCUUCAUUUAGCACGUCCCAAACACAUCACAUUGGAAAUGAACAAAGAUGCGUAUCAUGAAAAAUUCCCAUAUAUGUGCAACAUAACACAUCACUAGGGCUAGGUGUUUAUUUAGUAUAUUUGAGAAUUUACUCUGAAACAAAUGGGCUUCUUCUGAUUUUGUUUUGCACAAUUCAAUAUUACAUAUAUAUAUUUUAGAUGUGUUGACAUUUCUACCCAUCAGAUAUUUUCACUACCAGCACAAAGUAACAGUUGCAGUGAUUGGUCGUUUCAGUUGUUGAUGUCAGUAGUUGAGAUGACAUAAACUGGUUUUUAGUUUUAGUCAUAAUUUGGGGAGUUCAGGGCUCAGAGUCACAGGUUUACCUUUUUAAAUGUAAGUUUGUUCUGGUUUAUUAUAACUUGAGACUCACUGUUACAGUUUUGGCCAUCAUAUCUUUCAGACACAAGCCCCUUAAACACUGCCUGUUCAAGGCUGGAAUGUCACACUGUUUGUCUGCCUCAAUGUUCUUUACAAAAAGUAUGACUGUGGAAUACGGGGACAGAGUUAUCUCACCUUUAAGCCAGCAGUGGAAGUUGUAACGGCGCUGGACAGCCAGCAGGAUGGGACCAUGAAUGUGACGGCUGUGACGUUUGGACAAGUUGUUGGUGUGUAACCGACUGCAUGAGAUUUCAAAAGUAGAUGGUAGCAGUUAGCAGCUAACCCAAAGAAGAAGCAGCCGAAUAUGUUCUCUUUUGCUUCCAUGAUGCUGGUGUGCUGUUUAAAAUUACACACUGUAGCGGCAAGAUGUUGCUAUUGUUUCGCUCUGUGUAAAAAUACAAAGGAGGCAUAUAGAAGGGACUUCAAGGUGGCCCUAUAAUGCCAUAUCUGUGUAAAAAGAACUAUAGAAACAUUGUACUCAAAGUAAAUUACUGAGACCUGGAAACACGGCAUCUCAACACCCCUGAAAAUCUUCCUUUGCUGACCUGCAGUGGUGUAGUAGUGUACUUCAGUGUGUGUCAGGAGGACACUGUGACAUCACUGUUUCCUGUGGUUACACAGCAAAUACAUGGGGUCAGAUGAUCAGACAGGUUGGUUUUUGUUUUUCAUAUGGAUGAGAGAUUAUAAGCAGAGUCUUAAUUUCUGCCCCAGCUUCACCAGCAUCCAAGGUGCACAGAGAGGGAAAAGGUCUCCAAGAACAUUUGUAGUAUAAACAACAACUUUAUUGUGAGACCAACCCAUUUGGGCUUGUGGCUUUCAAAUAAGAGAUUAGUACCAACAUUUCAGGUGCACUUGACCUCUAAAUGUAGGGGUUUAGAUCAUUUGUUAGUUUUACAAUCUACAAUUGCUUUGAUAGGUAAAGUGUGUUUGUAACUGAUAGAAAAGAUGGCCAAAACUACAAACAGUAAGAUUCAAGUUGUAAUAUAUGUAUUACAGUUGAAUAAUCCUUUGAAUGUAGCUGCCAAUGAAAUACCAGUCCCUUCAGUAGCAGUAGUGUGCCACGAAAAAGAUCUGACCUGUGUGACUCCACAGCACAGAGAGCUGGACUUGAACCAGCUUCUUCCACACUUUAAUUAAAAGUAAAUAACUAUGUGGAAAAACUUUACAUGAUUCCACAGAGGUAGAGGAGUUUUCUCAGAAAGACAUCAGGAUUUAACACAGGUACUCCUGCCAGCUGAAUGCAGUGGAAGAUGUAUUUCCAUCACUCUGCAUUAAGUUUCUCCAGAUGUGGCCUGGUGUGUCAGGGCCAAAGUAUAUACUGUGUGGUGUCUGGUUUAGUCGGUAGGCCAGAGAGAGACCACAGAGUCAUCUCAGUCAAAUCAUCAAGUUGGAGAUUUUUUCAUUGUCUUGUCAGUGUGUUGACGCUGGCUUAGUGUUUUCUGUGUGUGCAUGUUACGAGCGGCAGAGGUGUGUUUAUUUGGAUGGCAGCUGCUUUGCUUAGUGAUGGUGUUUAAAAAAAAAAAAGACAUUCAGGCAGACACAUUAAAACAAACUGCUUUGUUUAGUUAACACUGAGAAUGAAUCAAAUCAUCCUCAGUUAAAUUAAUUCCACUUUUUUUCAUAAACUUGAUCAGUGAUUUCAAAGAUUUGACACAAGGCAGAACAGCUGUAAGGUCUUCUAUCUGCCCAUUACAAAGGCAGCUGUGCAUACCCACCCUCGUUAUGUGGUUUCACACACUAAACAUUGUAGCUUGGAUUGGCGACUUGUGGAAAUAGUCAUACAUCACUUUUUCACUGUAGCAUUCUGUAGAAAACAUUACAGUAUAUUCCAAAUGGCAAGGAAAGGUCUGGAGAUAAGUAAGGAGAGGACUGUUGUUAAGACAACAGUAAACCUUUGUGUAACCAUGUGAAAUAUGAUUUGCAGUGGUAUGUGGAGCCCCCUUUAUGUGGCAUUUUAUUGUUGUUUUGGUUUGUUUUAAACAUCUCUUCAUUUCACUACACAUUCGGACACAAUCAGACAUUUUGGGAAAUGAGUUUCCUGUAAAACCCACAGUCAUAGUAUGUGCAGGGUUUCUGCAGUUCCCUCAAAAUUCUUAAAGGCAUUAUAUUUGUGAAUCUAAAAUUAAGGCAUUCUUUAAAGCAUCCCUUUAUUUCAUUGCUUUAAAGAAACAAUCAGACUUUUUGGAAAUCAGUUUCCUCUAAAAACCCACAGUUAUAGUACAUGCAGGGUUCCCACAGGGCUUCCGUACAAAGUCUUAAUGGCAUUGAAUUCAUGAAUCCAUAAAUAAGGCCUUAACUGAUAUGAAAAUGUCUUAAAUCAACCCUUUUAGGGUCUUAAAAAUGCUAAGUCAUGGAAAGUAGGAUGUUGAAAAUAGUUUUUUCCAACGAUAUUUUUUGUAGGCCGACAUGAAAAUUAAUAUCAUCCUGGUUCCCCUGCCAAAAAGCCUAUGGGAUUUUUUCAUUGGAUUUUGGAUAAUUGCAGAAAAUAAUCUUAGUAGUAAACAAAUGUUUAUGAUACUUACAUGCUUUGUUCGGCAAGAUACUCUUCACAAAUGAACACCGCUUUUAUGAUAAUUAAAGCCUAAAUGCAAUUGCUGAAAGUAAAAAUCUAAUAUUAGGUUAUGAACAAAUUACACCACGGUCACAUGACUAAAUGUCACCAACAGGCUGUAAAGCCAUGUUCUGUGUGAUGAUGUUCUGCAGUGUCAUUUAGCCACUCUUUAGCAAUCACCUUUUUUAAGACACAUAAAAGCCUCAAAAUUCACAGUGGGGUAUUUGCUGAUGUAUUUGAUGUCGUAGAACAAAACGUGAAAGUCUCUUCAGCUUGCGUUAAUCAUAGACCUUAUUUCUGGCAUCUAACCAAAACCCCAUUCAAAAAACCCAUUGACUUCAAGAAGAGGGGGCCAGGAGUGCUAAAAUCCAAAGUCAUUUAUGGAUUGUAGGACUCAAUCCUGGGGCUCUCUGUUUACUGAAUGCCCCUUGCAUCCAGACAUGAGAAAAAGCUAUGAAGUUCAUCAUCAUCGUACUCUUAAAAUAGACAAAAGGAGAAGAGAUUAAUUGGGGUGCCCUGGUGGAUUAGGGGUUUAAAUUACUGUGCAUGAACCACGACGUCCGCUGCUUUAAGUACAGGUGGGGACACUUGUUGCCAUUCCGUUUUUCUUUCUCAUUUCUCGUCAUUGCUCUGCUGUCAACACUCUAUUGUACAGGUUUAAGGAAAAUCUUAAAACCUUACACGGUUUAGCCAAUGACAGCUUCACAGUGUCGAACAAGUAAACUUUUUUCCAUGUUUUAAGACACAGCUGUAUUAAUAGCAUAGCUUAGCAUAAAGACUGAAAAUGGGCAAUUGCUAGCAUUUCUCUUGUGAUGGAGUUAGGCUAGCACUUUUCAAGCUAAAUACUGUGCAUCCAGGGCCUCACUCUUAAUGGAGAUACGGUAUCAUCCAGAUCCAACUGAGGUUAGCAGCACCUAAGUCUAUUUCCCAUACAUUUCUUUGUGUUUCAAAGUCUUAUCAUUUCAGUUUAGUUCCACAAGCUUUCAUCAAUGCCGAUGACAUUUAAGCUGUUUUUCAGUGUUUAAUUUUUUUGCACGCUCAUCCUGCAGUGAGUCAUGGGAACAGGGCCAUACUAGAUUGCUUAUUUCAAUAUAAUGUAUAAUUUUUGCUAAUGGUGAAUAUAUUUUUAAAUGCUAAACUAUUUUGAGUAUAUUGAGGUGUGUGUUUUCUGUUUUGUUUUUGGAUGAUGUUUUCCUAAACAGAUUCUUCAUAUAGCUUAGUAUGUACCUCACUGUACAUUUUCUCCUGUUUUUGUCGGUAUGUUUUAGACAUCACUGAUGAACAUGGACCUUAAGCCAUUCAUCCACUUGUUUUGAAUGCAUUUUGGAGGUGCAUCAUUCCUGGAAACAUCACAUUCAGCAAAAAAACAAACUACAAAUUAUGACUUCCAUAUAAUAUUUUGUGACUUAGCUUACUUAUAAUUAUGCUAGGUGUUAUCAAAAUUAUGAGGUUUGCCAUAAUGAGUGAUAUACUGCAGCUCAUGAAAUAGAUUACUAUAAGAAUCUCACAAAUAUGAGUCACAGUUCAGUACUAUGGAAGUUAUAUAAAAGUUAAUGCACAGAAAAUUGUCUAAAAGUUUGAAUACAUUUGACAGAGUGAUGAACAAAUGCUCAGCUGCAUCUGUUACAGUUCUGAACAAUAUGUGAUGAUGAUGAAUAUGGACAGACGAGUCCUUAAAUUGUUCUCAAUGGUUUUACGAUGUAAACAAAAACAGUAUCCUCUACAGACUGACUUACUUACUUGCCUUUUCUCUUUUCUUGAGCAGUCUUAUUAGUUUUCUUUUCCUGGGGGGUUCAUGGUUGAUGAACAAUCACCAAAUAAUCACUGAAGCACAUUAUUGUAUGAUAAAGCCAAGGGGAACAUAAAGCCAUUAUCAAUAUGUGACUGAUUGACUGAAGGAUGAUAUGACAGUGUAUGCUACAACAUGAAAGGAAGAUUAAUGGGUGGAUCUAAAGCUCACACAGCAGAGGAUGUUUUCAAGUUAAAUAAAGUUUGUGCUGCUGAGUGUUUCUGUAGUAUAUUGAAUGUAUUAGGUUUUGACCCUAAUUGUUUUUGUAUUGGACCUGCUAAUUUUGUGUAAAAUUUCCAUGUCUUUAAAGUUGGUUUCAUGCCAUAACUGAUUUUUUUUUUUUUUUUUUUUUUUUUUUAAAGAGGAAAAAAAAAAUCUCUGAAAUAUAAUUUGAAAGAUGUCUGGUUUUAGAAAUGCAGAGAGUGUUCAAAUUUGUUUACAAGAGAUGAGAUCGGUACGAGAGCAGAGACCUGCUUUAUUUGCAAUCAUGGUUUUCAUCACUGUAUUUUCCUAUGAUGUUUGGCCUGUUAUCUCAGGAUUACUAUCUAGAAUCCAAUAUCUUGAGGAAACCAACUUUUGUUUUCAAAUGAAAAUUUGCUGUAUUCCAAUGUCUCAAGAAAACAAGACUUGCAUCCUGAGAAAAUUAAACACAAACACUGAGAAAACGAUAUCUUAUUUAAAAAGUUGAAAAUUUGACAUUUAUUCCUUUAUGUCAUGUUUAUGCCUGAUUUUUGUUUUGUUUUGUCAGUUAUCUCGUAAAAUGAGCUACAGAGGCGUAGAGCUGCCAUGCCAAGAAAAAAAAAAGGUCAGGUCAUAAUUUUACAAGAAGAGUAUCUUGUUAUGUAAAUAUCUUUUUUUUAAAAACUGAUCAGCAUCAGUUUUUUCUGGUGUGGCAUCACUAUGCUUUUGUAAAUACCCUUUAGUUUCUCUUUUCCUGUUAUCAUGAGAAAACAAGAACAUCUGGUGUGUUAUCUUCAGAUAGAAUAUCUUCAGACAAAGUAACUUGUUAUUAAAAACACUGAGAUCAUUAACUAAUGAUCUGAAGGUAGGAGUUAGGAAAAAAAUGAUUGGGCCGCUCUCUGCUUCCUUACAUAUGUGUAAUUAUUUCAGUUUUAUUUUCCGAUGAUCACAGACUAAAUUUUACAAUUUCAGCAUGACAAAUUUUGUUUUCUCAUCAUCAUCACAAAGUGAUUAUUUCAUGAUGUCAGCAUAACACAAACCACAUUCAAAUCAUUUGAUACAAAUGUUUGAGAUUCAGACAUGAGGUAAUCACUGCCUUGUCUGGUAUUUAGAGAUGAUUACCGUAGUGCACUGUCAUGCAUUGUUCACUAAUGAUCACAAGACACUGUUUGGGUUAACCUGGGAUCCCAAAAAAGCAUUCAGCGAUCAUCGGAAACAAAUUGUAAGGCUUCUCUGUAAGACUGACUUGAGGUCUGGUCUGAUGAACAAAAUUGCUCUCGUGACAAUUAGAAUGUAGAACAUACUGAUGAUGUCACUGUGUCCAGUAUGUCAGUGAAGCUUUGUUAAGAUUUGAUGGUUUUGUGACUGUAAUUUAGAGUCUUAUGUCAGUAGUUCUAAAGUCAGCAGUUCAAGGUCCUGGAAACAUCACUGGUAGACUUGUGUUCAGGGUGGAUUUGUGUUUGCAGUAACUAAUGUGCAGAAUGUCAAGAAAUGACAUGCCAUGUGCCAACUCAACAUUGUACCAAUGCACUUUAAAGAGAUAUUUUUACUUGCAGAGAAUAAAUAAUAAAAAAGAACCAAAUUGA